UUUUUCACACGGCCUUAUUCCGUCUAAUUCCCAAACAGUCUGUUGAACUAACACGAUGUGAAUAGUGGAAAUUUGUCCUUCUUUGGAAGCCCAACGAGAUAAGGGCCACUGCUGUGGCAGGAAGUUGAUGCGGUUAGCCAAGCAGAACAAGGAAGGGGAACGGCUCUUUUUUUUUUGUUGUUGUUUUUUCUUUCUCUCUCUCUCUCUCCAGUUAUUGUAUUCAUUGGCCUGGAAGCAGCCGCAGAACGAAUGUGAAACCAAAAAGCAUCGCGAGUGAGGAAUCGGCUUCCGGCGCCAGCUCCACGAUGGCGGUCUGCUCGCGUCCGGGUCCCGGGACGGGGCAGAAGGCGGGCGAGGCCCGGGGUCCGUCCCGGCCGGUCUUCCUGCUCACGCUGGCCGUCAUCACAUCGUCCUCUCUGUCGGCGCUGUCCUUGUACCAGCUGGUGGUUCUCAGAGAAGAAGUCGAGGGCCUGAAGUCCGAGGCGUGUCGCAGGAGGGAAGACGGUCAGGAGGGCAAACAUGGAGAGCAGGUGUUGUUGUCUUUUUGUUGCCGUUUCUUCCGUCUCUCCCCUCCCAACCACCUCGUGUACAGUGGAAUUCCAAAUAAAGUCCGCCACAAGCUAAGCGCAAUAAGACAACCCACCUGUACUGGUUGUUGGCCAACAGGACAGAAUGUCAGCGACGGGAGAGGCGGCCAAACGGACCCGCAGCACACGUUCAGCCUGAUGAGGAGGAGGAGGAUGGCCUCCGGAACAGACUCAUCAGAUUCGCUGUCGUGUCUCCAGCUGCUGGCGAACAAGAGCAGGAAAAUCUUCAGGAAAGAUUUUGCCCUGGAGCCAUACACGGGCAUCCCCUGGCAGACUGGGUUGAGGAAAGGGUCUGCCCUGGAGACGCUCGGCGACAACAUCCUGAUCCGGCAGGAGGGCUUCUACUUUGUCUACAGUCAGGUCUAUUACAUGGACAGCAGGUUUGCAAUGGGCCACGUUGUGAUCCGCAGGAAGAGGACAGUGGUGGGCGACGAGGCUCAGCACGUCAUCCUGUUCCGCUGCAUCCAGAGCAUGGACAGCAUGUACCCUUACAACACGUGUUACACGGGAGGUGUCGUGAAGCUGGAGGUCGGUGACCAGUUGGAGCUCCUGAUCCCCAGGUCCGCUGCCAACGUGUCUCUGGACGGGGACUCCACGUUCUUGGGCGCCAUCAAGCUGGUUUAAAUCCCGUCGCCUCGUAUGAGAGAAGAGGGACCUGGAUCCUGGCAACCUUCAAUGCCGGAAGAGAUAAUUUUACACUCCAGAAAUGAGCGACUCUGACUUUUUCGCCCAUACGACAGUUGUGACUCUUCUCUGAAAUAUAUUCUGCAUUUGCAGCUCUAUUUUACUGAUCAUUAUUCACCAUUAAAAGUCGUCAGCUUUUUCUCUA